GUUACGCAGGGAUGAGAUAGGGGCCUUGUUUACGAAUCAUAACAUUGUCCGCACGUCUAGCUCAUCUGAAUCUCACCCUAUAAGGAUAUAGCUAUCAUUGCAUUGAAAAACACCCGCACCCGACAUCUCUCGCCUGCGUGGAUACGCGUGAAGCCCGAUGGGAAUAAAAAAAAAAUUGUUGAUAGUUUUUUGUUAAAAAUCAAUUUUUUCUAUAACAAAUGUUAAUUUUUUGGAUUUUCAUUUGUAAAAGAUAUGCAUCUUAUAAAGAAAAAAUACACAACUUGCAAGAUUUCAGGAUAGUGAUGGAGUGGUAAUUGUCAAUUACAAUUCCCGGAAUUCGUAACUAUCUAUUCAAUGGACGACACUGACGACACUCAUGCUUGCAGACAGUUAUAUGGCGUCCAAUUUUUUACUUUAUUUUUGCCUGGUGUUUGGAGUAACAGUUUCACAAACCACAAUUCAACCAUUUGAAAGUCCACCUACCUCAGAUACAUUGAAGGGGCUUGAUCCAGGGCAAGGGGAUGGGAGGACAUCCCUACCUGGCCGACCAGCCGGCCCGCCGCUGACGGACGAUGACGACCUGACGCUGGCCCACCGGCGGGCGCAGGCCACGGCGCCGCCGCCGGCCGCGCCCAACCGCACCGUCAUGCACUUUGUGCGCGAGCCGCACAGUCAGCUGGUGGCCAACGGUGCGCGCGCAGAGAUGACCUGCCAGGUCAGCGUCUCAGGCGUGACCAUCCAGUGGCUGCGCGCCGGCAAACCGGUGGAGACCAACCGCCGCAAGAUCGUGCGCGCCGAGGACGGGGCGCUGGUGAUCACCAAGGUGCGACGCAACAAGGGCGACGACGGCACCUACCAGUGCAAGGUGCUCUCGGACGCCGGCGCCAUGCUCUCCCAGCCGGCCAAGCUGACCAUUGCCAGUAUUAAAAGGAACUUCAGCGUGUGGCCGUCGGACCAGAGCGCUCCGGCCGGCGGCGUGGCCGUCCUGCGUUGUGUGAUCGACUCAGUACCGCCGGCACGUAUCGAGUGGAUGAGAGACGGAGAGCCGCUGCCCGUCAACAGCUCUGAGCGGCUCUCGGCAGACGUGGCCGGCCAGCUGAGCAUCCGACCCGUCACUGCCGAGGACGCGGGGGUGUACAGCUGCGUGGCCUACAACGACAUAGCGAGUCGGCAGCGUCGGAGCGACUCGGGCACGCUGACGGUGACGGCCCCGGAGGCAGAGUCUCGCGCGCCGCGGCUGAUGGGCCUGCCACCGCCCGAGCACAGCGCGGUGCGCGCCAACUACAGUCUGGUGCUGCCCUGUGUGGCCGACGGACACCCGCUGCCCAGCGUGCGCUGGACACGUGAUGACGGUCUGCCGGUGCCGUCCUCCGCAGUAACCAGCGGCGGCAGCCUGAACCUGACCACGGCGCAGCUGGCGGACGCCGCCACCUACACGUGCACGGCCACCAACGCGGCCGGCCAGGCGAGCCGACGCACCACCGUCGAGGUGCUGGUGCCGCCGGUCAUCACCUCGGAGCUGCCGGCGCUCAAGGAGCUGCGGCGCGGCUGGAUGCUGCGCAUGCACUGCACAGCCGACGGCUGGCCGCCGCCAAACCUCAGCUGGAUCAAGGACGGCCACCGACUGACGCCGGACGCCACCGGGCGCGUGCGACUCGACGACGGAAAGCUGAGUGUGGCCAACCUGCAGUCAGCCGACUCGGGCAUCUACCAGUGCGUGGCGUACAGCAAGGCUGGCUACACAGCCGUGGCGGUGCACCUGAUCACGGGCUCGGCGUCGCCCUCGAAACAGGUGGAUCCGCCCAGUCAGCUCGAGGUGUCCGAGAUCACCAGUCGCACGGCGCGCCUCACGUGGUCGGUGGAUGACGACGCGGAACACCUGGCCUACACCAUCCACAUCCGGGACCUCGGCGGAGUGACUCCGGAGAGUCAGCAGGUGGUGGCCGAGAUGACGCACGUGGUGCGCGACCUGCGCCCCUACACCAACUACUCGGUGUAUGUGCGCGCCUACUCCACCGAUAUGGCCUCCGACCCCUCGGAGACGAUCGAGUUUCGCACGGCAGAGGACGUGCCAUCGGAGACGCCGCGCGUCACUCUGGUAGCCGUGUCGCCGACCGAGCUGAACGUCUCGUGGGAGGCGCUACCGGCCUCGCUGAGCAACGGCGUCAUCACCGGCUACCGGAUCAACUCCCAGCGGCACAACGACCCGGCCACGGCCUCGAUGGUCGAGGUCGGCGCCGACCGGCACUCGUUCCUCAUCACCGGUCUGGAGCCGGGCCGGGCGUACGACGUGCGGGUGCUGGCCGCCACGCGGGUCGGCUAUCAGAAUGUGACACGCGGCGGCGGAGCCGGUGAGCUUGCCCAGUGGGUACAGCAGCGGAUGCCGGAGCGCAGCCUGACGCCAGUGGACCCGGGCCCGCGGCCGCCGGCCGUCCAUCUGGUGGUCAGCAACCACACCACCAUCCUGAUAUCGUGGGAGAUGCCGGACUCCGCUGACCGCCUGCAGGCGCCGCCGGUGGGGUUUAACGUGCUGUACCGGCGUCAGGACCUGAGCUCCGAGCUGAAGGGACCGAUCCGACUGCCGGCCGACACCUACCAGUACUACCUCACCGACCUGGUUCCCAACACGUGGUACGAGGUGCACGUACAGACGGUGGCGGCCGACUGGCGCACCGCCGAGGCCAUCAAGACCAUCUCCACUCUGCCGGUGGAGGUGGGAGGCGAAUUCGAGCUGGAGCGGCCCGUGCUCGAGCCGCCAGUGGCGCUGAACGCUGAGGCUCUGAACGCCACGGCCGUGCUGUUCAAGUGGCAGCGACCGCCGAGCGCGCGCGCCAUCCAGUACUACACGGUCAAGUACCGACCGAUCAACUCGGACAAGGGCCAGCCGGUGCUGCUGAGCAGCACCGACUCGGAGAUGACCGUGACCCGUCUGCAGCCGUUCACGCUGUACGAGUUUACAGUGCGCAGCCACGACGCCGACAACACGUACGGCCCGUACUCGGAGGGCAAACGAGUCCGUACGCUAGAGGGAGCGCCGUCUCCGCCGCUGAACGUCUCCUGGUUCCCGGUGGACGCGUCCCGUAUCCGCGUCUCGUGGCGGCCCCCGCUGCGGCCGCACGGCCAGAUCGCCGGCUACCGCGUGUUCUACACCCACGACAAGGAUGAGCCGCUGGAGCGCUGGUCCUAUCUGGACAUCCCGGCCAGCUCCGGAACCAAUAUGCAGCUCUCGCAGUUGGUGCCCAACCAGCAGUACUGGCUGCGCGUGCGCGGCCGGACGGCGGCGGCGCCCGGCCAGCUCUCUGAUAUGGUCCGGUUCGAGAUCCGCGCGGUGCUGCAGAGUAGCACGCCCACACCGGCACCGGCUAGCCACGGCACCACUUACACGAUCCUGACCGGCGUGCUGCUGCUUGUGGUACUGCUGGCCGGCACGGCGCUGGGCCUGUUCUGCCACCGGCGGCGCCGGCGCCGCGGCCGGCAGCGCUCCUCGGCCGGCGCUGUCUCCCGGCCCCACCUGAACGGAGCAGCCGGCUCCGGCUCCGGAGCGGCCGGCGCCGCCGCCGGCUCCGAUCACGUGGAGAUGGAGGUGCUGACGCCGAUGCUGACACACGUGGCGCCCGCCGCCGAGCACCAGUUGGACACCAAGGGCGGCCACCCGACCACCAAGCCGGCCAACGGGCGCGCCAACGGCUUCGUCCACCCGCUGUACCUGAGCACGGACCGGCUGCGGCGCGGCUCGGGGGACGCCCACAACGAGUCGCGCGUCGGCCUCAUCAACAACAACUCGUCCGUACUGAGCAGCGGCAGCGGCACCGCCGGCGGUGGAGAGCCGCCGCCCUGAGCCGCCGCCGCCGCCGGCCUCCCGCCGAGAAAACCAACCGCCAACGACGCACACCUGCAUAUACUUUGAAACGAAACGGGUACUUUAUUUGGAGAUCGUCUCUGCGUGUCUGUGUUGGUGUGUGUCCGUGUGGGUGUGGUGUGUGUGUGUGAGUGGGUGGGUCGGAUGCUCGCGUCUCGCGGCGGUCCGGCCUGCCCGUGUGUGUGUGUGUGUGCCGUGUGCGUGUGUUACCGUUGUGUUGAAGGCGGCGCCGGUCCGGUGCCUCGGCCCGGCCGGCCGCCAGAAUCGCGCCUCGCAGCUGUCAAUGGGCACCUUUUUACCUCUUGUUUUCUGUCGUGUUUAUGUGUUUAGCGCCGUUGACCUGUUAUUUUAGGGGCGCUGUCGGGCUCUGACCAGUCGGGUGUUUUUAGUUGUGCCGGCGCUCGCCGUCGUCUGUCGUCGCGCUCGGUGCCGCCGCUGUCCCAGACAGGCAAACAGACACACAGACAGCCCACUACUUCACUUAACGCGCGUUUGGUUCUUGGUUUAAGUGCCUUGUUCCGUACAAGGUCGGUCGUGGCACUGUUCAGAGGCCAAAUCCCCAGUCGCUCCAUUAGCAUCGAGUCGGGGCGCGGCCGCGUCGUCGCCGCCGCCGCCGCCGACGUCCGUUUGUAGUAUCUAGUCAGAGACGUGCCGUGGUGCGCCCGCCACGGGCCGAUCGGGCCAGCUGCAGGGCGGCCGCCGCCGGCUCGGACCGUCACCGGCACCGCCCCUCCUCCGGCCGCCAGCGCCGGCGCCUGGACCAGACUGCAGCGCGCCAGUGCAAUCGAACGACAGCCCGGGCGCGCGAGACCGAGUGACUGAGCGUACAAGUGGGCCGCGAGCGGGCAGAGCGCGUGCGCCGCGCGGCCCCCACCUCCGACCUCGACCUUCCCAGACAGUAGGCCACUCUCUGAAUACUCCGGCGGCUGCGGGCACCACCCGCGGCCAGCAUACCUCGCAACCAUGUUCGGGUUCUCAGAGGCUCACAGUGUGCGCGCGCGCGCGCGAGCGAGCACGCGGCGGCGGCUGCUCUACCUCAGGCGGUGCGCCCGACCCCGCCCUCUGCCGCCCCCCACACACGACUGCGAGCCAAACAGCGCGCGUGCCAGCGAGUGCGAGUGCGUGUGAGACAGUGCGUGCGCGAGUUUGUGUCGCCGGACGAUCGGCGUCUGCCUCCAUAACGCGGCCGUGCUCCAUACCGGGUUGACGGCCGCUCGCAGCCGGCGGCCGGCGGCCUCAUUCCCGACCAGCGUUCAACAGUGCGUCCCAGAGGUGUGUGUGCGCGUGUGUGUGUCUGUGUCUGUGAGCGAGUCGAGGCGACAGCAAGAAGCGUGCCAGCGUCUGACGCGGCGCGACCGGCCGGCGCGCUGCACAUAAUAAGCGGGUCUCGGGCGGCGGAGUCGCGCUCUGUUAGUCGCUUCUGUAGCAUUUAUAGUAGGUGGACUGCUCACGCGUGCUGGCCGGCCGGCGCUCCUGGCGCGUGUGGCCGCGGCUGGCAAAGCGCUGCGGCCAUUCAGUACAAACGUACGACAAGCGAGCCCCAGGCCGAGUCGUAACUGUUAUACGGGCAUUUGUAUCCUUACGUGGCGCGUCGCGCGUGCGUCUCGUGUCCUCGGCGGCCACUGGCUCCUGGUACCUGGAUCGUGUGAGAGACAGCGCGCGAGCAGCGCCGGCGCGCUGUCGGCCCGCGGCGGCGGUGCAGUAGUGCUAGUUGCGCCGCCCACCGGCCGGCCGCUUGGAUGCUUGUGACCGGCUAGCUUGUGUGUAUGCGUGUGUGCGUGCGCGCGGGUGUGGGCCUGCGGCGGGCGGGCGGAGGUGCGUGGGCGACGGGCGCGCGCGCCCAGCCUCUCUCAGCCACCGGUCGGGGCGGCCGCCGUGCCGCCCCGCUCCUCUCUACCUCAGGCGACCGUUCAAGUGAGCAGCGCACCCGGCGCCACGCGCCGCCCGCCCGCCCUCCGGCCGAUGCCGCGCCCGGUCCCAGACUCGGGCGCGGCAGAUUGUUGCGUGCGUACAGCAUACCCAUAGAAAACCUCGUUGGGACUCUCUUUUUACAUGCCUAGAUAUUAAACUGUUCUAUACAUAUUGUUAUUUUCUUUAAAAAAUGCAGUUGUAAUAUUCAACAAUAUUUGUAAUUUUUGCCAAUUGUACUGAUAUUUAUGAGAAUACAAAUGUAUGUACAAGCUA